CUCUCGCUCGCGUUGCUGGGAGACGACAAGGCCGGGGGGAGGGCGGCGAGAGGGCCCUACGUGCUGACGCUAAUUGUAUAUGAGCGCGAGCGGCGGGCUCUUGGGUCUUUUUUAGCGCCAUCUGCUCGCGGCGCCGCCUCCUGCUCCUCCCGCCGCCGCUGCCGCCCUGAGUCACUGCCUGCGCAGCUCCGCCGCCUGGCUCCCCAUACUAGCCGCCGAUAUUUGGAGUUCUUACAACAUGGCAGACAUUGACAACAAAGAACAGUCUGAACUUGAUCAAGAUUUGGAUGAUGUUGAAGAAGUAGAAGAAGAGGAAACUGGUGAAGAAACAAAAAUCAAAGCACGUCAGCUAACUGUUCAGAUGAUGCAAAAUCCUCAGAUUCUUGCAGCCCUUCAAGAAAGACUUGAUGGUCUGGUAGAAACACCAACAGGAUACAUUGAAAGCCUGCCUAGGGUAGUUAAAAGACGAGUGAAUGCUCUCAAAAACCUGCAAGUUAAAUGUGCACAGAUAGAAGCCAAAUUCUAUGAGGAAGUUCACGAUCUUGAAAGGAAGUAUGCUGUUCUCUAUCAGCCUCUGUUUGAUAAGCGAUUUGAGAUUAUUAAUGCAAUUUAUGAACCUACGGAAGAAGAAUGUGAAUGGAAACCAGAUGAAGAAGAUGAGAUUUCGGAGGAAUUGAAAGAAAAGGCCAAGAUCGAAGAUGAGAAAAAGGAUGAAGAAAAAGAAGACCCCAAAGGAAUUCCUGAAUUUUGGUUAACUGUUUUUAAGAACGUUGACUUGCUCAGUGAUAUGGUUCAGGAACAUGAUGAACCUAUUCUGAAACACUUGAAAGAUAUUAAAGUGAAGUUCUCAGAUGCUGGCCAGCCUAUGAGUUUUGUCUUAGAAUUUCACUUUGAACCCAAUGAAUAUUUUACAAAUGAAGUGCUGACAAAGACAUAUAGGAUGAGGUCAGAACCAGAUGAUUCUGAUCCCUUUUCUUUUGAUGGACCAGAAAUUAUGGGUUGUACAGGGUGCCAGAUAGAUUGGAAAAAAGGAAAGAAUGUCACUUUGAAAACCAUUAAGAAGAAGCAGAAACACAAGGGACGUGGGACAGUUCGUACUGUGACUAAAACAGUUUCCAAUGACUCUUUCUUUAAUUUUUUUGCCCCUCCUGAAGUUCCUGAGAGUGGAGAUCUGGAUGAUGAUGCUGAAGCUAUCCUUGCUGCAGACUUCGAAAUUGGUCACUUUUUACGUGAGCGUAUAAUCCCGAGAUCAGUGUUAUAUUUUACUGGAGAAGCUAUUGAAGAUGAUGAUGAUGAUUAUGAUGAAGAAGGUGAAGAAGCGGAUGAGGAAGGGGAAGAAGAAGGAGAUGAGGAAAAUGAUCCAGACUAUGACCCAAAGAAGGAUCAAAACCCAGCAGAGUGCAAGCAGCAGUGAAGCAGGAUGUAUGUGGCCUUGAGGAUAACCUGCACUGUAAUAGCCUAAACACAACUCUUAUUUACUUACAGCCUUAUGUUUUUGUAUUUUCUUGGUAGACUAGGUAAUUUUUUUUUAAAGGACAGGAAACUGAUAUUUUAAAGACCAAUUUGUUCUACCUAGCAUUUUAGCUAGUUUUUCUGCCAGAUAUGUUGAAUGCACAAAUUCUGUCACGCAUGUUCAUUCAUUGCUACAUAAUUUGGUUCUUCUGGAAUAUUUUUAUGUAGCUCUUGGAGUACAGCUAUGAAAAUUGACAACUGUUAAAGGAAAUACCUUUUUUUUUUUGUGAUUUUUUUCCUUGAAGAACCAAAGUAUUUUUUUCAGCUGGUUGUUGAAUAGGGUUAAGUCCGCUUGGAUUAGCUGUGCCUUUCAUUACUUUGUUACAGAAAUGCAGUGACUUAUACUAAGAUAAUGUAUUGUUAAAAAAAAAAUUGGCAAGACAACGAUAUGGUUAAGAAUUUCCAGUAUGACCACACCCAAUAACUGUAUUAGAUUGUUAGUGGAUUAUUGUGUUUUAGGUGACAUAGUUAACUGUAAAGUAACCUGACUCAGUGUAGUUACUGGUACCACAGUAAGGUGAAUAAAACGGGAUUUUCAGAAGUUAGCCUGAAUUUACCUGUACUUUUAAAUUUAACCUCCAUUAACUAAGCAUCUUUUCUUUGUGGUAGGGUCUACCUUCUGCUUCCCUGGAAAGGAUGAAUUUACAUCAUUUGACAAGCCUAUUUUCAAGUUAUUUGUUGUUUGUUUGCUUGUUUCUGUUUUUGCAGCCUAAAAUAAAAAUUUCAAAUACAAUUUUAGUUUUUACAAGAUAAUGUCUUAAUUUUGUACCAAUUCAGGUAGAAGCAGAGACCUUCCUUGAAUUAAGGGUUAUACUCAGUUUUUACCACAUUGUUGAAGAAAAGGGUACCAGCUUUGGCAUGAGAUACUAUACUAAUAAGCAAGUGUGGAAAAAAGAAAAUCUUAAGUGAUUUUUGAUGCUUUUUUUUUUUUUUUUUAAUUCAUUUUCUUUGGGUUAGAGCUAGAGAGAAGGCCCCAAGCUUCUGUGGUUUCUUCUAAUUCUUACUGCUUAAAGUAUGAAUAUGUCACUUAAACCCAUGCUUCUGUUUACUGUGUAUUAAAAUGGGUAGUACUGUUUACCUAACUACCUCAUGGAUGUGUUAAGGCAUAUUGAGUUAAAUCUCAUAUAAUGUUUCUCAAUCUUGUUAAAAGCUCAAAAUUUUGGGCCUAUUUGUAAUGCCAGUGUGACACUCAGCAUUUUGUUCACACCACGCUUUGAUAACUAAACUGGAAAACAAAGGUUAAGUACAUCUGUUCUGGAUCUGGGCAGUCAGCACUCUUUUAGAUCUUUGCGUGGCUCCUAUUUUUGUAGAAGUGGAUGGAUGCACUAUUUCACAAGGUCCAAGAUUUUUUUUCAGAUAUUUUUGAUGACUGUAUUGUAGUAAAUACUACAGGGAUAGCACUAUAGUAUUGUCAUGAGACUUAAAAAGUGGAAAUAAGACUAUUUUUGACAAAAGAUGCCAUUAAAUUUCAGACUGUAGAGCCACAUUUAUAAUACCUCAGGCUAAUUACUGUUAAUUCGGGGGUUGAACUUUUGAUGACAGCGAGGGUGGAUUAUUGGAUUGUCAUUAGAGGAAGGUCUAGAUUUCCUGCUCUUAAUAAAAUUACAUUGAAUUCAUUUUUAGAAUUAGUGAAAACUUCCUUUUUGAGAUGUUAGUGUUAAGGUCUUGGAAUGUGAACACAUUGUUUGUAGUGCUAUCCAUUCCUCUCCUGAGAUUUUAACUUACUACUGGAAAUCCUUAACCAAUUGUGAUAGCUUUUUUCUCUUUAUUUUCAAAAUGAUUUCCUUUGCUUUGAUUAGACACUAUGUGCUUUUUUUUUUUUUUUUUAACUGUAGCUCAUCGAAAUGCAGCUUUUUCUGAACUUUAAAGAUAGAAUCCCAUUUUUAAUGAACUGAAGUAGCAAAAUCAUCUUUUUCAUUCUUUAGGAAAUAGCUAUUGCCAAAGUGAAGGUGUAGAUAAUACCUAGUCUUGUUACAUAAUGGGGAUGUGGUUUGCAGAAGAAUUUUCUUAAGGGAUGUUAGUGUUUAUGCCAUUUUUCCAGUUCCAAAAUGAUUCCAUUCCAUUCUAGAAAUUUGAAGUAUGUAACUUGAAAUCCUUAAUAAAAUUUGGAUUUAAUUUUAUAAAAUGUA